GCUGAAAGAUGCUUGCUUCGGGAACAAUACCUACGGCAAUAAAUGUCGAGCGCCGUGAUCAUUCAUUGCCAUUCACUUUCUAUGUACGGUGGUGUCGGUUCGAUCUAGCCUAGGGUGACAUCGCGCGAGGAUUCGAUAUUGUACGUGAUCGCACGAUACGCGUUGUAAACGGUUUCUGUAACAGAGCAGCGCGGUUUUACCGUUAGGAUGUGGAGUUUUGUGCUCGUGUAUGGUUUGAGUGCCCUUGUUUUGCUCUUCGUCUACUACCGAUGGACACGGCGGAAGGCGAUAGCUGCCCUGGCGAAAAUGAAUGGACCACCGAAGCUGCCUCUGCUGGGACAUCUUUAUUUGGUGAAGUACACGUCGCAAGAGAAACUUUUUCAUUUUCUCAUCAAGAUUGGUAACACCUACCCCUCACCAUUGGGCAUCCAACUGGGACCCAUCGACUUAGUUAUAAUUUAUCGACCCGAUCACCUUCAAGCGGUCCUAGCUUCACCACAUUGCAUAAGCCGGCCAUUUUGGUACGAUUUCUUCCGGGUCAGCCGGGGAAUUUUCUCUUCGCCAGCUCACAUCUGGAAAGGUCAACGAAAGGUGCUGAACCAUUCCUUUGGACCGGGUAUCCUGAACAGUUUCGUGUCGAUAUUCAAUGAAAAGAGUGCCAUUCUCACCAAGAUGAUGGGCGCUCAUGUCGGACGAGGAGAACGUGAUUUUGGUCGAGAAAUGGGCAAAGCUGCUCUGGAUACAAUUUAUUCAACGGCUUUUGGACUCAACUUUGGUUUGCAAGAAGCUCCUGAGGGAGACAAAUAUCUUGAGGUGCAGGAGGAGUUCAUAGACUUGGUAUUAAAACGGAUUUUUUGCGCCAUAAAUUACAGUGAAAGGAUCUACCGACUGACAAAAGAGUACAAAAGAGAACAGGAACUGUUAAGCUAUGUACGAUUGUUAACUAAUAGAAUUAUGCGUGCUAAGAACGCUGAUGAAAUACUCUCGGGAGCGAUUGGAUUACCAUCAGUUAAGGCUGAAGAAACAGACGGUAAAAAGCCACAAAUAUUCUUAGAUAAACUUCUCGAACUUGCCGUGGAGAACAAGCAGCAACUUUCCAAGGAUGACAUUCCAGAACAUUUAGACACAAUCAUUUUUGCCGGCAACGAUACAACCGCCACUACCAUGAGCAACCUGCUGUUGAUGUUGGCUAUGCAUCCGGACGUUCAGGAACGAGUUUAUCAAGAAGUGAUGGAAGCUUGUCCGGACAUUGACCAGUCUGUAUCCAUGGAGGAUACGGCAAAACUCACCUAUACGGAAUUGGUAUGCAAGGAAACGAUGAGGCUGUUUCCAGUGGGCCCACUCAUUGGACGAAUUGCUGAAGCAGACAUCAAACUGGACGAUGAACACAUGAUUCCAGCAGGCACUCAAGUCGGCUGUGCCAUCUAUAUGGUUCAUAAGGAUCGCAGCAUAUGGGGUCAAAAUGCGGAUGAAUUCGACCCGGACCGUUUUUUGCCGGAGAACAUCGAAAAGAUUCAUCCUUAUGCGUAUUUACCGUUCAGUGGUGGAAUUCGGAAUUGCAUCGGUAUACGGUACGCGUGGGUUUCUAUGAAAAUCAUGAUUGUUCACAUACUGAGGAAGUAUCGCCUGAAGACGUCACUCACGAUGGACCAAAUUACGCUUCACUAUUGUAUACUACUUAAAAUAGCGAACGGUUGUUGGAUUAGUGUAGAGGAAAGAAAUAAAUAGU